AUGUCUGGUUUAGAAGAAAUUAUAACCGAAUCCUCCGCAGUAAAAGACAACCAGGACAUUGGUGGAGAUGAAGAAGACCUGAGCGACGAAGAGUUUGUGGACCCGACACGAUAUGUGUUUUACAGAGAUAGAAAAGAAUGGGCUGAUCUGGAACCUGUUCCCCAAGACGAUGGUCCAAAUCCAGUGGUGAAAAUCGCCUAUUCUGACAAGUUUUCUGAUGUUUACAAUUAUUUCCGAGCGCUGCUGAAGAAAGAUGAGAGAAGUGAGCGAGCAUUGGCUUUAACUUCAGAUGCCAUCGACCUGAAUGCUGCCAACUACACAGUGUGGCAUUUCAGGCGAGUGCUGCUACAGUCGUUAGGGAAAGACCUGAGGGAGGAGAUGAGGUACAUCACUGCCAUCAUUGAGGAGCAGCCCAAGAAUUAUCAAGUCUGGCAUCACAGGCGGCUGGUGGUGGAGUGGCUGAAAGAUCCUUCUGAGGAGCUGGAGUUCAUUGCUGAAAUUCUGAGUCAAGACGCCAAAAAUUACCAUGCCUGGCAGCACCGGCAAUGGGUCAUCCAGGAAUUCAAGCUGUGGGACCACGAGUUAGAGUAUGUGGAGAGACUGUUGGAGGAAGACGUCCGGAACAACUCGGCCUGGAACCAGCGGCACUUUGUCAUCACCCACACCUCAGGUUUCUCCGAUCUGGCCGUCAUACAGCGAGAGAUCGAAUACUGUUUGACCCAAAUCAAGAAGGCGCCGCACAAUGAAAGUGUCUGGAAUUAUCUAAAAGGGAUUCUACAGGACCAUGGCCUCUGCUCUCAGCCCGGACUCAUGGAGCGUAUCCUGGAGCUGAAGGAGACUCACUGCUCUCCGUAUCUACUCGGCUUUCUGUUCGACUGCUACGAGGACGCCUUGGAAACCAGCAGCCAAUCAGAGACGGAGGAGCGGGCGGACACGCUCAGGAAGGCCCUAGAGAUUAGUGACCUGUUGGCAACGUCGAAGGACACGAUACGUAAAGAGUACUGGCUGUUUAUGGGACGAUCUUUAAAGAACAGAUUUGGAGGCGCAGAUGUGAACGCGGAGGAGGCCGUCCCGCCACCGGAGCCUCAGGAGCCUCAGGAGCCUCAGGAGCAGAGCUAA